AAUGCCCAUCAAACUAGGGUUUCACUUUCUCAGAAAAAUAAAAUUUUAUUUUCCCUCAUCCUUUUCAAUCUUACAGGGUGUCAUCUCUCUUUCACAAUCAAAUCUUGUUCCGGAUCAAAUCAUCGUCGUAAUCUUUCUGUUUAUACUUCUCCGAUAAUCUCAUUUCUGCAUUCUCCGGUCUUUACUGUUCGUGGCGGUGGCAUCGGCGUCGGACACCCAACGUGCAAAGGCUGUGCUGUUCUCUCGCGUGCUAGGCAGCUAACUGGCUCUAUCGUCCAAGAGUGCUGCACAGAUGGAUUUGGAGACUGAAAACAGAUUAGCUGCUAUGCUUAUGAGGGAAGCAGCUGAAUUGCGGCGACAGUCUGAACAGGAAGGUGUUCUGGCUUAUCUUCAUAAGCCUAAUGUAAGGACUCGGCCAAAUUCACGUUUCCUCACUGCUACUGUACGUGGGGUACAACAAGCAAAUCGAGCUGUGGAAGUGAAUGAGAUGUGGCGAGUGCGACAGAAAGAAUUGGAACUUGAUAAACAGGCUAAAGGCACCACGAAAGAUAAAAGCAGUGGUUACAAAAGCCACACGGAUCGUGACUCAUCAGGAAUCUCUAGAAGAUAUGCUACUUUUGAUAAUAGCUUGAAUGCCUCUUCUUCAUGUUCAAGUAAAAGAGAAUGGGAUAAGUGUGGAUCAAAAGAUAAAGGAAGUUCUGACAAACACUACAAGGAUAUUAGUAAUAGUAACCUAUCAAGAAGCAUGAGUAGACAUGGCAGUUUUCAAGAACCAGAGUAUAAUCCAGAACCAGAAGGUAUAAGGGAUGAAGAGAUGGAAGAGUUUCUUCAUACGAGGAAAAAGCGAGGCAGAGGUGGCAUCGGUCCCAGAAUGGAUGAGACUGGGCCUUACCUUCCGCCCCAUCCAGAUGGGGAAGCUAGUCCUACACCGGAUGCAAGGGAGCGCCGUCUUAUUUAUGGUCCUGAGAGGCUGUCAUCAGGGAAGUCGAAUGAAUCUUCAGAAGAGGAGCUUCACGAUAAAAGGCUGAAAAAGCGAAGAAAGUCUCGCUCUGGCAACUCAGACAAGGAGCACUCUAACUCUAAGAAGCACAGGUCCAAAGAAAAAUCAAAGCACAAGAAAAAGGAGAAAAGAAGAAAACACCGUCACUAAGAACUUUUGUGGAAUUUGAUAUUCACUUUAGGUAACUUCAGAAAAUUUGGAAAACUAACAUUUUUACUUUGUACAUAUAUUGCGUAAGAUCAGAAAUGUGGGUGGUAAAUUUAUCAUAUACAAGUUGAAUAGUAGUAAGCUAGGUAAAUGCAAUUUGGCAAAGCAUGGGUGAGAUUUAUGCCUACAAAAAGUUACAGCAACUUUUUGUUGCCGAACUAUUGACAAAUGAAAUUCAUGUAGAGAUUUGUGGAAAUUUCAUCUCAUGA